GGGUCCUUGGCGCGGGUGUGCGGGGCAGGGCGCACCGCGCGGCCGCCACACCGCCAUGCUCAAGCGCUGCGGCAGACGCCUGCUGCUGGCGCUGGCGGGCGCACUGCUCGCCUGCCUCCUGGUGCUCACCGCCGACCCACCGCCGCCCCCGGUGCCCGCCGAGCGCGGCCGGCGCGCGCUGCGCAGCCUGGCGGGCCCCGCGGGGGCGGCCCCGGUGCCGGGGCUGGAGGCGGCGGCGGCGGCGCCCGGAGCGCUCGCCCGCGAGGUGCACAGUCUGUCCGAGUACUUCAGCCUACUGACCCGCGCGCGCAGAGACGCGGGCCCACCGCCCGGGGGCGCACCCCGCCCCGCCGAAGGUCACCCGCGGCCCCCGGCCGAGCCGCUGGCACCCCACGACGUCUUCAUCGCCGUCAAGACCACCAAAAAGUUUCAUCGCGCGCGCCUCGACCUGCUGCUGGAGACCUGGAUCUCGCGCCACAAGGAGAUGACAUUCAUUUUCACCGACGGGGAAGAUGAGGCCCUGGCCAGGCGCACGGGCAACGUGGUCAAUACCAACUGCUCGGCUGCCCACAGCCGCCAGGCCCUGUCCUGCAAGAUGGCCGUGGAGUACGACCGUUUCAUCGACUCGGGGAGGAAGUGGUUCUGCCACGUGGACGAUGACAACUACGUGAACGUGCGGGCCUUGCUGCGGCUGCUGGCCAGCUACCCGCACACGCAGGACGUUUACAUCGGCAAGCCCAGCCUGGACAGGCCCAUCCAGGCCACGGAGAGGGUCAGCGAGAACAAGAUGCGUCCUGUCCAUUUCUGGUUUGCCACCGGUGGGGCUGGCUUCUGCAUCAGCCGUGGGCUGGCCCUGAAGAUGAGCCCGUGGGCCAGCGGGGGCCACUUUAUGAGCACAGCCGAGCGGAUCCGGCUGCCGGACGACUGCACCAUCGGCUACAUCGUGGAGGCCCUGCUGGGCGUGCCCCUCAUCCGCAGCGGGCUCUUCCACUCCCACCUGGAGAACCUGCAGCAGGUGCCUGCCUCGGAGCUCCACGAGCAGGUGACCCUGAGCUACGGCAUGUUUGAAAACAAGCGGAAUGCCGUCCACGUGAAGGGGCCCUUCUCAGUGGAGGCUGACCCAUCCAGGUUCCGCUCCAUCCACUGCCACUUGUACCCGGACACACCCUGGUGUCCCCGCACCGCCAUCUUCUAGCAGCCACGGCUAAGACCCCGUCCCCGGGUGCCCCUGGUAUCCAAAGGGCCUGGGGACCCUGUUGUGUGGCCCUGGCCUUGGCAUUCGAGGCUCCCCCAGGGCUGUGCCUGCAUGUGUGUGUGUACUGUGCACCCAACCGUGUAGCAGACUGCUGGGCAGUUCUGCUCUGCUGAGGAGCCAGCAAAGUGCCACUCGUCUGUCUUUCUGUGUUCCGUGGGGUAGUGUGCUCUGGAGCCCAGGCCCCGGCAGGAUUUGUAUGUCAGAGGUCACUCUGAGGGCAGUUUCAUUAUUGCUUUUAUUUGGGGGUCUUUGGGCAGCAUGGGGAUCAGAGGCUGCUCUGCAGGGAUGUGCAGGGCCUUUUCCUUUCUGCUGAGCGCAGGACCCGUGCUGGGGGCACCUGCACCCUGGGAUCCUGGCACCCCUGCCUCAGAGCCCCCAGGACGACUGAGCUGUGCUUCCCACACUGAGCUCAGCGGGCCACCGUGGCUCAGAGGAACAGUGGCCCCUGCCCAGGGCCAGCGGCCCCAUUAAGCCCCAGGGGCUCUGUGGCUGGGUGCCCAGUGGCCCCACUCCCAGCCCUCCUGGGCCCUCUCCCACGUCUUCCCUUUGUCUCCCCGUGAGAGGGAGUCAGAGCUGAGCGUUUUAUCUCCUCUCCAAAGUAGAGAGAAAGUCGCCCAUAGUGGGCGUGUCUGUAAAUAUCGUGACAGUAUUUUUUUACUGUGCUUGUUUUUCGAGAGGGGGUGGGUAAAAAGUAGGAUGUUUUUGUCUUUGUUUUCAGGGGGGUGGGGGAGGGUGUUAUUUUAUCUUUUCUGUGGAUCAGAAAAAGCAGAAGCCAAACUCGGGAUAACCUUUGUUGCUAAAGCCGAUGGAAGCGUCUAACACUCUGUGUAUUUAUGUCGCCGUGGCACCUGCACUCUCGGCCGCCCUCCUGCCUCGUACCUGUCUCCCGCCGGCCCAGCUGGCACACCUGGCCCGUGGGGUGUGUUUUGUCUUCUGUUUUUCUUUCUGCAAAGACAUAGCUAGGAAAGCAAAUGUAAGGGAAAAGUUCUCAGGGAAUUGGAGUGUGGUUGCUAUGGUGACGUCUUUUGCUGUGAAUAAAGGUGCUCUUUGGGGCAACCCGGGGA